GAUAAUUGAAUUAGUGAUUUACUGAUUCUGGUCGAUGCAUAUAAACUUUGGCUCGACUGUUCCCAUACAUACAUCUGUAAAGGUGCAGUGAUUUGCAGAUGGACAUAUUGUAGCGAAGGGUAUAAAGACAAGAUAAUUUUUUUUAAAAUUGACGCAUUAUGGAGCUGAGAGAUGCUGGGAAACAGACAUUUAAGCCGUUGGACUAUGUGGUGUUUGCUGGCCUGUUUGUGGUUUCCUCUGGCAUCGGGAUAUUUUUUGCAGUCAAAGAAAGGAAGAAGACAACCUCAAGCCAAUUCCUCGUGGGGGGCAGACAGAUGACUUGCGUCCCCGUGGCCCUGUCCCUCACAGCCAGCUUCAUGUCGGCCAUAACCGUACUGGGGGCUCCCUCUGAUGUCUACCGUUUUGGCGCCUCCUUCAUCAUGUUCGGCGUUGCCUACACCUUCAUGGUCAUGCUGACAGCUGAGCUCUUUGUGCCCGUUUUCUACCGCUCGGGAAUAACCAGCACGUAUGAGUACUUAGAGCUGAGGUUCUGUAGGGUGGUCCGCAUUGGCUCCACGCUCAUCUACAUAAUACAGACGAUCCUGUACACAGGAGUUGUGGUCUAUGCCCCUGCUCUUGCCCUAAACCAAGUUACAGGGUUCAAUCUGUGGGGUUCCAUAUUUGCCACUGGGAUUGUCUGCACCUUCUACUGCUCACUGGGUGGCUUGAAAGCAGUGGUUUGGACAGACGCUUUUCAGAUGGUGGUGAUGGUGGUAGGUUUCCUCACCGUGCUGAUCCAAGGAGUCAUGAAGACAGGGGGAAUCAGCGUUGUGUGGGAUAGAUCUCAAAACGGGUCCAGGCUUGAUGCUUUUGACUUUGACCUUGACCCCACGAAGCGUCACACCUUCUGGACCAUCUCUGUCGGUGGUACAUUCACCUGGCUGGGGAUAUAUGGAGUGAAUCAAUCAACAAUCCAAAGGUGCAUCUCCUGCAAGACCGAGAAACAUGCCAGGUGGGCUUUGUACCUCAAUCUAUUAGGGCUUCUUGUGAUCUUGCUGUGUGCAGUUGCAUCUGGCCUCAUUAUGUAUGCAUUCUACCACGACUGUGAUCCAUGGACUGCUGGAUAUGUGCAGGCUCCAGAUCAGCUGAUGCCUUACUUUGUCAUGGAAAUUUUGGGCCACUUGCCUGGGCUGCCAGGGUUAUUUGUGGCUUGUGCCUUUAGUGGGACACUGAGCACUGUGGCUGCCAGUAUCAACGCCCUGGCGACUGUGACCUACGAGGACUUUUUGAAAAACUGCCUGGGAGGAGUUUCAGACAGAACAAGCGCCUGGGUCAGCAAGGGGCUCUGUGUACUGUUUGGAACGGUCUGCACGUCAAUGGCUGUAGCAGCAUCCCAUAUGGGUGGUAUUGUACAGGCAGCCCUGAGUAUACACGGCAUGUGUGGGGGACCCAUGUUAGGUCUUUUCUCGCUGGGGAUUCUGUUCCCGUGGACUAACUCGAAGGGUGCAGUAGGUGGCUUGGCACUAGGUAUCGCCCUCUCCUUCUGGGCGGGGCUUGGGGGCUUCAUCUAUCCCGCUCCCAGCCAUAAGGCCUUUCCUCUGCCAUUCAGCACCAUGGGCUGCCUACCUGGUACAAACAUCACAGCAGCUCAUGACCUCACUGACACUGUUUCCCCACCUGUAAGGUCAUCACUAAUUGAUUCCUGGUAUUCUAUGUCAUAUCUCUACUACAGUGCAGUGGGCUAUGUUGGUGCUGUUGUGUUGGGUUUGUUGAUUACUUUUGUCACAGGUCCCACUCCAGUAAACAACGUAAAGCCCUCCCUCGUGCGACCUGUGUGCGAUGUCUUCUGCUUUUGGUCUGAGAGAUACAAGCGACUGUGCUGGUGUGGUCUCGAGCACGAUCAAGAAAAAGUGGAGUUUGAGGGCAAUUUUAUAUGCAAUGAUGACGCUUCAGGAAAACACUCAGAUUCCGAAGAGAGAUUCAGAAAUGACUCCACGGGAAUGAAGCAGGAAGAUACCAAUUAUCGAUUAUCGGAGACGAAGUUUUAAAAGUGGAUGUAUGAACUGUAUGGGAGUUUACCAUGACGUUUUUCUAAAUAAAGAUGGCUUUCUCAUUAAAAAUCGAAGGGGGAAAUUUACUGAAGAGCCAUUUUUAAAGAAAUUCAGCUUCUUCAUAGUUUGCUCACAUCACUGAUUAUGACAUAAAAUAUUAUAAAAAGAAACAAUACAACUGAAAUUCAAUGUAAUUAGUGGCAAAGCAUUCUCAGUACUCACUGGAUUAGUACUGAGUAGAACUCAACUACAACUUUACAAUCAUGUUCCUUUCUCUAGAUGCUACUGUCACGUACAGUAUGAACAGAAUAAAGCAAAUGCUACGGUUGGGUUAGAUUUGAUUAAUGAACUAAAGCCCCUGGGAUUAAUCAGUCAGUUAAGGUGAGUGCUGGAGAUGAACUGAAUAAAACGUCCCAGAACCAAGAACAAAUUUUAACCUGCAACAAUUAGAAAAAUAUUUGAAAACCACCAAGUAAACUGGAGUUAGAUUGAAUUUGGUUUGAUAUAAAGAGUAAGUAAUUUUCCAAGACUACACAAAACCCUACAUGCAUUCAGAGACUUUGCCUGCCCAAUCAGGUGGUUCCACACAAGUUAAGAAUUUGUAAAUAAUGUCACUUUUUUGGUGUCCCCUGUUACAAACUCAAAUAAACUUAUGCGUGGAUACCAGAA